AUGGCGGCGACGGCGACGAAGCUGAGCAGCGGCCACGAGAUGCCGGCUGUGGGGCUCGGCGUCUGGCGGAUGGACUCCGCCGCCGUCCGCGGCCUCAUCCACUCCGCCCUCCGCGCCGGCUACCGCCACUUCGACUGCGCCGCUGACUACAAAAACGAGGCUGAAGUUGGCGAUGCGCUCGCGGAGGCGUUCGAAACUGGGCUUGUCAAGAGAGAGGAUCUUUUCAUCACAACCAAGUUGUGGAACUCAGAUCACGGUCAUGUGGUCGAAGCCUGCAAGGAUAGCCUGAAGAAGCUGCGAUUGGAUUAUCUAGAUCUCUACCUUAUUCACUUCCCUGUAGCUACUAAGCAUACUGGAGUUGGCACAACUGGCAGUGCUCUUGGUGAUGAUGGUGUGCUUGAUAUCGAUACCACUAUCACAUUGGAGACAACGUGGCAUGCAAUGGAAGAUCUUGUUUCCAUGGGACUUGUUCGUAGCAUCGGAAUUAGCAACUACGACAUAUUCCUCACCAGAGACUGCUUGGCCUACGCUAAGAUAAAGCCCGCGUCCCUGGCUGAGAAAUACGGCAAGACGCCGGCCCAGCUGGUCCUCCGGUGGGGCCUCCAGAGGAACACGGUGGUCAUCCCCAAGACCUCCAAGGUAGAGAGGCUGGAGGAGAACUUUGCGGUCUUCGACUUCGACAUCUCCGUCGAGGACAUGGAGAAGAUCAAGGCCCUCGACCGCAACUACCGCACCAACCAGCCGGCCAAGUUUUGGGGCAGCAAUCUCUACGCUUGA